AUGGAGGAGCAGAGGAUUCAGACGUGUGACGUUUACAGGACGGACCCUAACUUACCGCCGAGGUUCAACAAGCCCUACUGUUUCCAUGGUUACAGUCAGAAGAUCAGUAACCCGCUGUAUCGAACAUCCAAUCAGACGUACGGCAGCAGGAGACCCACCGUACACGAGAUGCCGACGCAGUUUAAAGGGACAACCCGUCAGUUUUCGGAGGCGAUGCUGCAGAGUGGGAUGUAUCGUGAUCACGGCUUCAACACGUCUGUAGAGAGGAGUCGAGUGAUGGCUGCCACGGCAACACUGAGCAACAGAGUCAACCUUCAUCAUUAUUAUCACUAUGGCAACCAAAGCAACAACCAUGAUGGAAACAACAACUAA